UUCACAAAUAAAUGGUUAGAGUCAUGCCCGGCAAAUACUAGCCACUGCCAGGAAUGGCUAACCAGGCUCUUGCUCAAAUAGCAAGAGAGUGGGACUAUUUUUACGUACGUUAGAGUUAGGGCCAUGGAUCUAAUUCAACACUGUUCUGAAUCUUGAUUAAAUCUGAACGCCUUCCAAUUAGGCAUAGGGAAUGUUGUGUCACAGUCGAGAGAGAUGGAUCUCUGGAAUGCCUUUCUGAAGGCUUGGUUGUGGCACGCUGAAAUCUAAACCAGCACUGCCGCAGAUUCAUUCCUUCCCCCUACCCUCUCCCUCCUUUCACUCACCAUUCCUGGCUGAGCUGUUGGAGUUCAGCAUUGCUGGGGCAUUUAGUUUUCUUUUCCGUUUCUCAAAAGCUCCACAAGCGUCAUGGCUGCUACUGCAAAAGCUUUGGAUUUCGGGGGCUGGUCAUGGUGUCCGGUGAGAAGGUGUGGGACCCCCUCCAUGCGGGCCUUAUUCAGUCACGUCUGAGUGAGCAACACCUGGCUGCUGGGCUAACUCCCCUCUGCAACCUCACACAUAGUGCAACUAAGGACACCACGUGCUACCAGAGUCAGCGGUCGUCACCUUUGUCUUCCCUGCCACUGUCAUUAGUGGCUGUAGACAACCUUCACCCGGUUCAGGACUCCUCACAGUUACAUCCGCCUGUCGCUUUCUGCAGCUCUAGCAAGAUCAAAGGGCUACACAAACCAGUCCACUGUCUUGGAGUGGUCUCUCAGCCUGAAGAAGAGGAGGAGGAAGGGGAAGCUGAGCAGUUGGAGAUGAAGGGUAAAAGGCAUGGAGGCCGGGGAGAGGCCGUGAUGGAGGACAGGCUAGAGGACAUGGCUGAUGGACCUAAGAAUGCAAAAAUUACCCUAAGCUUCCCACUUAGUGCCGCCCCCCUUCCAGCCUCCCUGACAUCUCCAAACCACUGUCGUAGCUCCUCGUCAUCCUCCCCUUCCCCUCACCGACAGCGGCCAUCCUCCAAGAGUUCAGACGAGGGGUCGCUGUGGAAACUGGAUGCUACCAUGGACGUAAAGCACAGACCUUUUAAGCCCCCGAGGCACGACAGCUCUCCGUCCUCUUCACCGUCCUCCUCCUCAUCUCCCAUGACUGUUCAUGCACUUAUCAGGAGGGAUAUAAAAUCCCCGCCUCCUCUGAAGUGCUCUAAACUCAAUCCAGAGACUCAGUUUCACAGGUCGCCCCCACGAUCCUCCAGUGGGUCAUUAGGGGGCUGUUAUGGUGGCGAUGGAUGGGAUGAGAGGCACAGGUUGGCCAACGGUACAGCCUCACCUUCUCAAACUGCCCAGAUCCUCUUCAGCCUGGGCACGUCAGCCUAUCAGAGAGGCGGGGAUGCGGAGAGGAGAGAGAAAAUAACAGGAAGACCAGCUGGGAAGGUGGGAAGCCCUCAUGGACCAAGUCUUCACCCACCCACCCUCCACCUCCCUCCCCCCCUCCCACCACCCCCUCCUCCCCCAUCUGAGGGUCUCACCGCACCCCCUCACUCGUCCUCCUACUCCCCUACCGACAGCCUGAAGCCCGAGCUGAUUUGCGGAGUAUGCCAUCGACUUUUCAGCUCGGCCUCCUCCCUGACAGUCCACAUGCGGCUGCAUCGUGGCAGCCGCGCCCUCAGUUGCCGUUACUGUGGCAAAGUCUUCAUCCACAGCAAGAGACUGCAAUCCCAUGAGGCCUCCUGCAGGGUGCCAAGCCUACCCUCCAACAGCCUGGGCCCUCCUUCUCUCACUGUGCAGCCAAAGGAGGAGCCACUGGAGGAGGGUGAGGUGAGAGUGGAGGGGGGAGUGAUUGUGGGAGAAACAGACAUCAGUAAGGCGCGGCCAGGGAAGAAAGCGCGGAGCCUCCUGGCACGUAUCCAAGGUGAUGAUGCAGCAGCCACAGAGCUACUAGAGGGUGAUGAACACCAUUUUGUGAAGGUGGUAGAUGGCAAUGUCAUUUACUUCUGCUCUGUGUGUGAGCGCUCCUACAUGACUCUAUCCAGCCUGAAGCGUCACUCUAAUGUACACUCAUGGCGCCGCAGAUAUCCGUGCCAUUUUUGUGACAAGGUCUUUGCCCUGGCUGAGUACCGCACAAAGCAUGAGGUGUGGCACACAGGUGAGCGGCGCUACCAGUGCAUCUUCUGCUGGGAUGCCUUCGCUACCUACUACAACCUGAAAACACACCAGAAGGCCAUCCACGGGAUUAAUCCCAGCCUCAUCUCCAGUGAAAAGACAGCUAACGGUGGUUAUAAACAGAAAGCUAAUGCCCUCAAGCUUUACCGCCUUCUCCCCAUGCGCUCCCAGAAGAGACCCUACAAGACCUACAGUGAUAGUUUGCAUAAUGGCCUGUUACUGCCAUCAACUGAAACACCUUCCCUCUCCCUGCCCGGCCUGGGCUGUACUCUGGGCCCUGAGGACCUACAAAGCCUAAUCAGUGGGGCCCACCCUCAGAGUGUAAAGCCUGACCCAGAUGCCUUCCCCGAUGGCUUCCCUGUGUCCGUGCCUGCUGAGCACAGGGACAUCUCCGGACUAACAACCCUCCCCCAGACAGACAUGCCCCAAGUUAGAAAACAUGACAGUGAGGCCCUGGAGUUAGAGCAGGGAAGAGGCAGUGGCAGUUUCAAAACGUCUAGUAGCAGCAAAACCAAAACUCCCAAGGCUGGUAGAGGUACAGAAACAAGCAUGCCUUCUGUGAUAACAUAUGGCCAUACAAAACCCUCUGUCAUAGUUCAUGGAACAGCAGUGUCAUCCUCUGUCAUUGUGCAUAGCAACCAGGUCACCUCUGGAAGUGAAAAAAGCCCAAUGAACAGCCCAUCUCCUGAAACCAGCAGCAGUCAGACUUCACACAAGGGCAGUCCCAGGCCAAUCAAAAAACAAAGAGAUAGCGCAGAUAGCCAUAGAAAGAGGUCAAGAGACAGUUCAGAUACCACAGAGGAGCGCUCAAGAGGUAGACAGGAUGCAGAGACAGGCAGAUUGUUUCACAAAUCGCGCAAGUCCCACAGCAAAAGUGACAUCUCUAACUCGAAGCAGCUGUCAGCAUCUGUAGGGUCACAGGUCAAAGAAGCAGGGCCACUGUGCCAGAUAACUGUACGUAUCGGUGAAGAAGCAAUAGUGAAGCGCAGCAUCUCUGAAACAGACCUCAGGAGAGAUAAGAGCCUUUCUCCCCCAAAAAUCAAACGUAGUGAAACAUCCUCUGUGCGGGAAGCCAAGGAACAACGGCACUCUCAUUCCCACCACCAUCACCAUAAACACCGCCUCCACCGCAGGGCCAGCCUGGAAGCAGAGGGGGAUAAGGAAGGAGAUGAUUGUGAAGAGGAGGAGGAGGAGGAGGAUGUCAGGAAAAAGACAUCCAAAUCCCCUGAUGAAGUGAGGGAGUACUACUUCCGUCAGGAGGUGCGUGAGCAGGACAGCGACCAUGACACAGAGGAUAAUUUAUGGCGGCCUUACUACUCCUACAAGCCUAAGAGAAAGGCCCAAGCACACCUACAGAGGGUCAAGAGCUGGCAGAGAAAACUGAAGUUCAAGCGCUCCAUCCGGCUGAAGAGGAGGGCCGAGAGACUCAAGAACCACGUGAAUAAAGAAACAGAUAAAUCACAAGAUGAGGAAGAGGAUGGGAAGAUUGAGGAAGCCGAAAAAACGUCAAAAGCUAACAGAGACAAGGGAGAGAGGAAAAAGAAGGAAAGGAAUUAUUUCUCUGCCCCUUUAAAGGAGAAAAACAAAGAUGCAGAAGAACAAGUUAAGGAGGCCUGUCACAAGGUUUCCACUCCUCCUCCUCUGCACUCUCCAAAGCCCCCUGUGUCUACCUCAGUGGCUCCUACAGGAAUAAAGAGGCGGCCUUGGACUAAUGGGAAUGCAGCAGAGUGUGGUACAUGUGGCCGCUGGUUCUCAAGCCCCAGGAAGCGAGACAAACACGAGCUGAGCCAUCUGCUGGAGUUUGUAUGCCUCUUCUGCCGAGCCACUUUCCCCUCAAGGGAUAAGUUGGAAGAUCACCAGAGAGCCCAGCAUCCCAAGCCUGCUGAGGCACCCUCCGUACCCCCUAAAGUGACACUUGGUGAACAAGUUGAAGGAGUCGGGGUUAAAUCCGUGCCAGAGAUCGCCAAGUAUGAUGAAGAAAAAGGGGGGCAAGUAGGCUUAGCGGGGAGUAAUUCUAGUCCGAGUCGCCUAAGCAGAAGAGCAUUAUCACGACACACCUGUCCACAGUGUCAUAAGGUGUGCAAGACAUCUUCAGCACUAACUCGCCAUAUCCGACGCCAUGAGUUAAGCAGUUCCCCAGAGAGAGAAAAGGAGGAUAAAGAUUCAAAAACAACAGAAACAGUUGUUAACACUGUUAGCAGAGACCUAGAGACUGAAAAAGGACUGGUUCCCAGUGCUCUCUCUGUUUCAGUUAUCAGCUAUUCAACACCAGACCCGCCCAGCAGUGGUGACUGUUUGGCAUCACAACAGCAUGAAGACCAUCUCAGUGAAGUGACGGAUGGACGUCAGAUGUCAGAAUCCAGUGACAAACCUGAACUGACAGAGCUCACACAGCCAUCUCCAGAGAGAGAGCCCAGCCCACAAGUUGCAGACCCUCCAUUAGAAAGCCCAGUUAACCUUACACCCACCAAACACGAAUUCACGCCUGCCACGCCCUCCGCUCUCCAGAGCGUGCUAGUCAUGAAUGGACCUGAAUGUCUGGACUACCGCACACCCAGCAAAAAGAACCUAGACAGCCAGAUCCAUAGACUACCCAGCCCUGUGCACAUAGUGGCAUCCACCAACACCUCUCCAAAUGUGCCCGUGACGUCACAGACCAGAAUAACCACUGCUGCUCCUCCUGUUUCCAUGACAACAGCUCUCAGCUCUGAGGGGGGAUUCAUGAAACGGGAUGGGGUCAUUAUGGACCGAGAGAGGCAGGGUGGGAGUGGUAUAUUUCUACAUGGAGGUUAUGAGGAACCACCUCUGGUCCAAGAUCUCAGAGUUGCAUCCCUGUCCAGGAGUCCCUCUCCCAAUGAAGCACAAGACCUGACCAUGUCCUCUAUUCUAGCUAGAGAGAGGGAGAUAGAGAGGCAGAGGGAGAAAGAGAGGGAGCUCGAGAGACAGAGAGAAAGGGAGAGGGACAAAGAAAUGGCAAAAGAGAGAGAAAAAGAGAUAGAGAGGACCCAGCAAAUGAGUAGAGUUGCACACGCCCCCGAGGACCAGAUUUCUCUGUUGGUCCCUAAAGAGGAGCCCUUGAGCCCUGUGCCGUCCCCCCAGCAUAUCCCCACUCAAACCACUAUGAAUGGACCCUCCUCACACAGGCACACUCCCAAGUCGCCCUGCCGGUCACCCUCAACUAUUGGACUGUUAGCUCAAGCCAACCGCCAGGUUCACUCCAGUUCACAAGGACUCGACAGGCUCACACUGCCCACUGGAGCAGCUGGUGCCGGUGACCGCCCCUCUGCCCACGCUCUGCUUCUCCCCCGAGCCCCCCAACCACCUGAGCCGGAGCACCAGGAGACAGUUUCUUCCAGAGACUCCCAGCAGGGGGACGCCAACCCGGUGGGAUACCAUGCCCAGAAUUAUCCCCUACCCCUUAUUGUGCCGGACAGCUACCGCUCUGGGAAGAAGCAGGAGGAAAACCUGCUUAUGUCCUCCUAUCCUGCUGGAGCUCUUCCCUUUGGCCCACUGGGAAAAAUGAUGGUUCCUAAUGGUGGGGAUUUGGCUAAGCUGCCAUUUUAUCCUGACCCUUACCAGCUGCUCUAUGGGCCCCAGCUGCUGGCAUACCCUUAUAACCUUGCGGCUCUUCCUGUGGCUCUGAAUAUGAUGGCACCUGGAGGAGACAAGGUGGAGCCUCUGCCUUUCCUCCCUGCCAUCUUCAACUAUGCCGCCACUGCUGGACCCUACAUGGGCGCAGCCCCUCACCCCCUUGUGGCAAACCCCAGCCUCUACAGCAGCAGCAGUGGCAGCAGCAAGAAGCAACGAGACAGCAGCGGCAGCAAACCGUAGGACACAGAAGCACUAUAAGGAAUAUAUUUCAAAGGGGAUGGCCUGGCCUGUUUAGGAUGGGAGCGGGAGGGGUGCAUUGCUCACUGGGUCACACUCGCACAGUACCCCUGCCUCUCUUUUAUUCAGUAGAGAUCAGAGCUAGGCAUUAAAACAGGGGAAGGCUGAAAGGAGGAGAAGGAGCAAAGAAACGGGGAGAGAGGCCGAUAUUAUAGUGACGUAUCAUUACUCCCCUCUCUUUACUCUCACUCACCUUUCUCUGUGUCUCUCCUGUCUUGCUGUAGUGUGUCGUAGUUCUAGAGCUUGAUUAAUCUUCCUCUCUGACUCAUUAUAUUAUCUUAUAAGAAUAAGAACUGCUAACAGGGUGUGUUGUGUGAAAAAUUAGUUCAGUCUGCUUCCCUUUAUAGUCACCGCAUAACGAGGAUAAACGCUCUUCAGGGAAGGCUUGUGUGGGCAAGGAUAAGGGAUGAGACAGAAGAGUCCUUACUCGACGCAGUUAGAGGUGGAGCAUUAAGCAACUCAAACCUUUGCGUAUGUUUGUGCGAGCGAAUGAGAAUGCAGGUCUAUCCUGUUGUCAAACUGUCCAUGAAAGUUAUAUAUGAGCAUGUACAUGCACAUGUAUGUAGGGAUGUGUGCAUGCAGAGGUGGGCUUAAGCAGGCAUUACUGCGUGUGUGUGACAGUGUGUGUGUGUGUGUGUGUGUGUGUGUGUGUGUGAAUGGCUAGAUCAUUCCGUGUGAGACGCACACAGCAUUCCUACUCUAGUUGGAAUAGCUAGCUGUAGGUCAAUGUGUAGAAGUGCAUUUAGAAGUGAUUCCUCAUAUCCAAAUCAUUAAGAAGUCAAUGCUAUGGAUGGACGCAUGACAAUGACAGAUCAUCUGAGCUUCUUAUGUCUCAGCUAACCUGGCGACUUCGUGGCCAGAUGACACUGUAGGAUCUGUAUAGCAUUCACCAUAGUUUAAACCUUACGUGCACAAAAUAGAAAAGUAGUGGUCACUUAAAGGGGACACUUGUAGCUGCUUUGGAUAUGUAGCUGGCCACUGGGUAAGAAUUAAAAGGCUGGUAGACCAUUGCACUUCCGUUUUUCAUCUCAUUUCCUUCACGUAAAAAAACAAAAAGGAAAAGAAUAAAAACCAAUCAGCCUUCAUCUUACGUAGCCUUUCCCUCUUUGAUUGGAAGAGGAAAAGGCUCCAUUUCCGAAGCCAGGAAGAAGAAAGCAAUAGCAAGGAAGGAAAAAGAAAAAAAAUGGAUUCAGGGUAUUGAGUUUCUGGAUAGGAAGAAAUAUAUGGGCACAAAACUGUUGGACUCUGAGUCAGAAGGCCCCACAGAAAUGAAAAUGACAAAAAAAACUGCUUCCCACCUGAGGAGAGUUUGGAAAUAGCCUGAACUAUUUCCCCUCCUGCCCUGUGUCAUUUACUAAGAGAUAGGAAAAGGCUGAGCUUAGCAGCCAAAGUGGUGGCCCGACACUCCCCAGCUGCCCUCCUGGGGCCUUUUUGUUAUGUGUAAUGUUAUCUCUAUAUGUUUGUUUUGUUAAACUAUGUUGUUGUUUAUGUUGUUUAGCCCUCUUACCAGAUGGAAAUGGCUUCAGUGAAAAAGGGGGAGUAAACUUAAAAAUAUGAAUGUAAAUUUAGUCAUGAGGUUAAUGAAGUACAGCUGCAUUAAUGGUAGAGUUGGUUUCAGUUCCUUUUUGUUUCUGUUUUGACACAAAUAACCUGUUAAAGAACCGUAUAACGUCUGGUAUGCAUAUAUACAGUAGUCCUAGGAACAUGUCAGUAAACUUGGGUUCUGUAUCCACAAAGCAUGAGCAACACUUGCUUCCUAACCGUUUAUAUCCUCAGCAAAUCUGGCAUUGUGCGCACAGCUUUUGUUUCUGUUUCCUUUUAUAUUUUCUGGCCUCUUCAUCUUCCAUAUCUCUCUUAAUAUUUCUUUUUUUUUUUUUUUAUUAUUCGUUAUAGACCGCAGUUUUGGAGAUAUUCCACAAAACUAGCUGCCACAUUUACGUCUCACAGUCACUAUUUAGGAGCUGUUUUUAAUUCUCCCUCUUCCCUCAUGCAUACACACUUGCGCACUGCACCUCCUCCUGAACGGAGUACAUAUGUUUCAGCGUGUGUGUGCAUGUGUGUGAUGGUACCGGGGCGCCUUUUGGUUCAGGCAGGAGUGUGUUAAAACACAGCAUGACCAACUGUGGAUGCACAAGCAUCCCCCUUGGGUGUGGUUACAAGCCUUUUGCGCGUAGGCCGUACGUGUCUUGUGUACAAGACGUGAGACGUGAGUGACCGGUUGAAUAAGGAAACCAAAAUACUGUAAAUCUGCCGAAGCAGCAUACCCCAUGGCGGUAUAUGGGCCACCUGUUUUUUUUUUUUUUGGUUGUUUUUUUUGGUUCUUUGACACUUUUUCUGUGGGUUAGUUUCAGUGUAAAAAAGCCUUGCUGUCUCCAAUACUCUCUCUCAAGCCAUUCCUGUAGAUGGACAUGUUUGUGUUUUUGGACCAUUUCUUAUGCCAUAGUUUGCCAUCAAGGUUAUCAUACAGACCAAAAGCAUGCAAAUCAACGUAUUGUAGUGACUGGACUGGAAUCUGGUGGUAAUAUACAACUAUUUACUGUAUGUUUUAGUUUAAAUGAAUGUGCCUCUGCUUUGAUAUUUAAAUAAUUAUCUAUAGUAAGAUGUGGAUCUGCCAGAUUUCAACUGUUAAGGUGCCUUGUUAUGGCAUAAGAAAUUUGAAUAGUAAAUGAACAUUUUCUUGAGAAACGACAGUAUAAUUUGGAGAUAGAUUUCAUGGCUUUGUUUGCUAUGAAGCUGUUCAUAGAUGUAGGGGUGUGGCUAAACUGUUUUGGUAUCGUGUACAUGUCUAGGGUAAUACUGUGCCAUAUAGAGCCCAUGAAAUAUGUUAAUGUUAUUUUUAAAAGAUGUUUUAAUGUUGCCUGAUGACUUUGUCUUUAGAUUUGAUACAAAGGCUUGUAGCCACAGCUCUCCCAAAGUCUGUAGUCUCCUUUUUCCGACAUUCUUCUUGUUCUCUCUCUCUCUCUCUCUCUCUCUCUUUCUCUCGCUCUCUCUCUCCCCUUGUUUCCGUCUCCCUUUCUUUCUCUUUGCUGCAAUCAAACAAAAUAAAGUAUUAACCUGAUGACCCAAUGAAA